AUGUCUGAAGGUACCGCCACUACCAUCAAACUUGUCAGCAACGACAAUGUUGAAGUCACUGUUGAGCGAGCUGUUGCUGAGCGCUCUAUGUUGAUCAAGAACAUGUUGGAUGAUCUUGGAGAUGGUGUUCUCGAGACUCCAGUCCCAAUCCCUAAUGUCAAUGAGGCUGUUCUCCGCAAGGUCAUCGAGUGGGCUGACCACCACAAGCACGACCCUGCCCCAACUGCCGAUGACGAUUCAGAUAGUCGCAAGAAGACCACUGAUAUUGAGGAAUGGGACCAAAAGUUUAUGCAAGUCGAUCAAGAGAUGUUGUUCGAGAUUAUCCUUGCUGCCAACUACCUUGAUAUCAAGGCCCUUCUCGAUGUCGGAUGCAAGACAGUUGCAAACAUGAUCAAGGGAAAGUCUCCAGAGGAAAUCCGAAAGACUUUCAACAUCACCAAUGACUUCACUCCUGAAGAGGAGGAGCAAAUCCGCCGUGAGAACGAGUGGGCUGAGGAUCGUUAA